AUGACCAUGGAUACUAACGGUGUCCAGCAAAUAAUAUCGGCACUUGAAGUUGUGUACAACCCCAAAUCCACAAAUGACGAGAGGAGACAAGCACAAUCCUUUCUUGAAACUAUCAAGUCAAAUGAUGAAUCACCAUUCUGGGGAUACCAACUAGCACUUCCCGAAAACAAUGCAUCAAAUUAUAUUGUUAGGUAUUUUGGACUUACGUUGUUACAAGGCUCAAUCAGAUACAAAUUCCAUACAUUUGACUCUACCAAAGUAUCAGCUUUAAAGAGUUGGGUGAUUGAAUUGGCAAACAAGAUACUAGAUAGCGACCCCCAUUACAUCAAAGAAAAAAUUGCGUUUCUUUGGGUUGCACUAGCCAAAAGGAUAUGGGGAUGCUAUUUAAUAAAGUCAAGAGGACAGGAUAGCAAUAACCAUGCUACUGACGCCAAUGGAAGAAAUGAGGUAAACAACAACAGUAACAACAGUCUGGAAAUAAGUCCUCAAGAAGCAGAAGAUGGGUGGGUUUCGAUGGAUUCGAAUUUGUGGGCCCUUUGGAACAGUAACAUCACCUGCCGUGAGUUGUCGUUGACCAUUAUAAGAACCCUUUUCGAGGACAUUUAUCUCCUUGAUGAUGCUGUUGCCUCUAAAAACAGUGUCAUACUUAACCAAUUAGCGGUGCUUAUAACCACUCCGGACAAGGUUCUUGAGACGAUUUAUGAAAACAACACUAAUUUCGCCAUUUGCAAAGCGUCUUCUGAUGGAUGGUUUGUCACUUGGUCAAGCUUUUUACGCGAGGUUGUGGACCAAUACCAAAACGAGGUGUAUCAAAGAUACAUCACCAGAAUUUUAUCCACUUUCAAAACGUGUUUGCAUUGGAUCCAUCCAAGAGUGUUACGAGAAGAGGAUACUUUGAACACGUUGAUAAACUUGUUGAAUGUCCCCGAUGUCAAGAUUAAAACUUUGGCUGUUGAUUGUUUACACAUUAUAUUCACCAGAACAUAUGCUCAAGAUGAAGAGUUUGAGUUUUUCAUUGGGUCUAUUUUCACUACCGAGGGGAUCAGUAAAUUGCAUGGUUUUUAUCAGUCAUUGCAAUUAGACCCAGAUGAUAUUGAUGAAGAAGUGUAUGCAUUGCUCAAAAAGACAGUGGAGAUGAUUGUAUCCUUGAGCGAGUACCUAAAUAUUUCGUCGAAACACAAGGUUAAUUGGGAGAAAAGCGACGUGGAUGGGUACCUUAGCCUAGUAUUGAAAACUACUGACCACCCUAGUCUAAUAAUUAGUGGAUUGUCAUUGCAAAUGUGGGUAACCAUAUUGAGAUUCGACGAACUCAGCGCCAAAAGACAAAUUGUUUCAAUCAUGAUGCAAUUAUUGGAUAUCGCUGCCAAUAGAACUAUAAACUUCCUUUUGGAUGAUGACAAUGUCUCGAAAAAGUUUUUCGAUGUUGAUUUUGACUCGACCCCAGAUGCCACCAGUUUUCUACAGAAUUAUCGUAAAUUUAACGAAGACAUUAUUAGGAUAACGGUUUGUAAAAAGCCCGAGGAAGGACUUGUUUGGCUCGAAAACAGGUUGCAAGAUUUCUUUAGUUCAGAAUUGGGUAGCCAAUGCAUCAAUGAUUACAACCUUGGUGAAAAAUCCAAAGCAUUCAAUUAUGGCUCAUCGCAAUUCAGCAUAAUAGAAAACAGCAUACGAGGAAUUUCUCGAUGGAGAAUAUGGUACAAUGGAGAAGACUUUACCACCAUCGAUGACCGAUUAAACAAACUUGUGAUUCAACUUGGUGAACGAUUAUUGGCUAUGAACUUGGCAUCACCAUUGAUUAUUAGAAAACAGGUGCAGACUUUGGUGCAGUUCGCCCCAUUGUUGAAGGGGGUUGAUAGUCCCUUGAUGUUUCAAAUUCUUGAAAAAAUUCUCACCACCGCCACAUUCCCCUAUCCACCAAACAUCACCGAUGAGGAUAAAGAAUUGAUUCGUGAUUUGCGGGCUAGUUGUGGUACCGAAUUGAAUAGACUAGCGUACAUUAUGCCGGAAGCGUUGAAGAAUAUAUUCAAUGACUUGGAGAAUGUUGUGGCGAAUAUCUUGUCGUCGAAUAAAGUUAGUGCGCAUGAGAAUGUCGCCUUCAAAUCGUUCUUGUUGGUUAUUGCCUCAAGGUCUUCAAUUGACGACAAGAACGACUUGUUUGCCAAAAUAGUUGAUCCUGAUUUAGCAGCGUGGUCGGCACCAGAAACUGAAAAGGGGUUGAUGGACUUGCAUUGGUUUAUGGAGAGGAUUGGAAUUGUUGAAAUUGCAUCAUAUUUCCAAAAACGAGGCAUUACUGCUUCAACGAAUUUGUUGCAAGCCGAAAUGGACGAUGAGGGCAAGGCAUUGAAGCAAAAAUUAAAAGACCAUUGGAGCUCAAUUUUCCCAAUUAGAGCAACUAGAAUAUACAUCCAAUACAGCAUUGAGAAAUUGAGCCAUGAUCUGCCAGAGUAUUUGAACUUGCUUAAAUUGUGGAAGCCACGAGUGCAACCGAUUGUGCCGCAUAUCCUACAACUUUUGACCCAAAUCCAAGCUUAUCAUGACCCAGCCAAUUGGGUAGAUUUGCCGGCCGAGGUGCAAAGUUUUGUCAAGUAUAGUUGUACUGAAAGGUUCUGGCAACAAGGAGUUUCAAUUCAGUCAAAAGAGACUUUUAUCGAGGAGAAUGUUAAAGCGGCUUUGACAUUGAGAGAUUUUGCUGAUUCCGUGGGACAUCUCGUUAGGUAUACUAGAGAAUAUGCAUUCUUGACUGUUGGAUCUUUAGCUCAGUUGGAAGAUACACUUUACGAAAUUCCUCAAAUUGCCAGCAUGAUUUGGAAAGCCGUUGCUGGCGAUACUGUGGGGGUAACCUUGCAUUCUUGGAAACAUAUGAUCAAUAGCUGUCUACGGGUCGUUAUAAAAUUUUGUCCUGUCAAAUAUAUUGAGGUCUUUAUGAGUGAGUUGUUGCCCAAGGCACUAAAUGAUAUUGACGCUUUGCUUGUUAGCAAGUGGGAUAAGGUGUACAGCGACGGCUUGCAAUUACAAGGUCACGAGGAUGAUGAGACAUUGUCUGAGGAAAUGAUGGAGGAACAUAUGUUGAGACAAUUGACGGCAACGGUAGUUAGAAUGUUGAUGGAUAUUGUGGGGCAAUACAAUUCCAAAAUACUUACGGAUACUCAAUUUGCUAGUCGGAAAUUGGUGAUUGAAAACAAACAAGUUCUUGCCCCUUUUUUGAAAAUUUGCUGUCAUAUAAUCUCCUUCAAAGACACGAAAUGCUCGUUCAAUACAAUUUUGGUGAUACGCAACAUCCUCAAUGAAAUCACCGGGAAAGACGACGAAGUUGACAAAUUCCUUACUGAGAAUCUCAUUCCCUCUUUGGUGCGGGUGAUUUUGGAUAACUACUUUGUCGAGACCCACGGGGAGGCUGCAACGACACUCACGGCAUUGUAUUGCCAACUACGAUCUAAGAAUGAUUACCCAGCACAAAGAUUGAUGAGAUUGUUGGAGACCAACAAGGAGGUUAUAAUUGGCUUUGAAGAGACUUUGGGGUUAUCGAGGUCAUUAAAGCUGCAGAGGAAUGCCAUGCUCGAGUUGAUUAGAGUCUCCAAGGGGUCUGAGGAGGAAGAUACGAGAAGGAAGAAGGAGUUGGAUCAAGUUGCCAAACGCAAAAAGAUUGAGUCGGAGGAUGUUAUGAAUAAUGAUCCAGGCUUGGGCAAUUUGUUUGCAGAAGAGUAA